AUGCUUGAAACAGCACUUCUAUUUCGGGAAGCAUUUAACCGGUUCGGGAAGAUUGAACCUGAUUUUCUUAAUGUUGCUCCAACGAGUGAAGACUGGAAUAAUGCAAGUAGUCUUUCAAUCUGCUUGAAGGUCUUUUAUGAAGUCACCAUUCUCUUUUCAGCUCAUGUAUACUCAGCAAACAUUUCGACAAAUCAAGUGAACAUGGAAGAUUCAGUUGGUAGUAGUGGUAGUACUUUAUCUUCUCAAAGUUCUUUUACUUCUAGAAGGAAAGGUUUGACGGAAUUUCUGGAAGAAAGUUCACAACAUGACGUUGUUCGCACAGAUCUAGAGCAAUACCUAUCAGCUGAUGUUCACCCUAUUAGAAAAGGAAGUGGUAUUGAUCUGAAUGAUUCUAGUUUUGAUGUUUUGGGGUGGUGGAAAUUUCAUGGACCAAUGUAUCCAAUUGUAGCAGUGAUAACUCGUGAUAUAUUAGCAAUUCAUGCGUCAUCGGUGGCUUCUGAAUCUGUUUUCAGCACCAGUGUUAGUGAUUCAUUUACUAUGGUUCUUGUACGUCAACUAACUAUUUUAUUGUGUUAG